CAGGCAUUACACAUUGGAGAAUUGUUGACACCAAACUCCAAAGGCUCCAAGAACACCAGACGACUCAACCUUUAUAAAACCCUCGUCUCUCUUUCCCUCUCUCACUCCUCCAACCUCACGUACGUUAACCCAACCUCCAAGCUCCUCGCAUCGCUAGUUACACCUCGCACGCGCGCGCGCCCUCUGCCGAGAAACCAGGCAGCUCGCGGCGGCCAACAUGGGAAACGCUCUCGCCGGCAGGCGGUGCGCGGCCAAGGUGAUGACGGUGGACGGCGCCACGUUCCGGUACAAGGCCCCUGCCACGGCCGGCGCCGCGCUGCGCGGCCACCCGGGCCACCAGCUCCUCGAGUCCGAGGAGGUGCGCCGGCUCGGCGUGCGCGCGCGCCCACUCGACCGCGACGCGGCGCUCAAGCCCGGGAAGCUCUACUUCCUUGUCCAGAUCGCCCGCAACGACGGCGUCGGCGACGAGGACCCGCGCGCGCCGCGCAAGACGUGGUCCGGCGCGCUGCACGUGGGCGCCAGGGAGCGGCUCGAAAGCCUCAAGCUGUCCCGCCGCACCGUGUCGGACGUGGCGUCCAUCAUGCCAUCGUCGGCCGCGCGCCUGGCGGCUGCCGGGGGCGGGUCGCCGAAGCCGUCGUCCGUGGAGGUCGGCGUGGACGGCACCGUGCGGCUUCGCAUGCGCCUGCCCAAGGCCGAGGUGGCGCGGCUGAUGAAGGAGAGCAAGGACGCCGCCGAGGCAGCAGAGAAGAUCAUGCAGCUCUGCGUAGCGAGGGACCAGGGCGCCGCCGCGCCGGUCUCCGCCCUGUCCGGCAAGAAGCCGACCUUGAAGAAAGAGAAGCGGACGAGGUUUGUGACGGUUCCGGACGAGAUCAUCGGAUGACAAAAUGGGAAAAGAAGUGUAAUUUUUCUCUCUUUCUUUUUGGGUUUCUCUCUUUUGUCGAUUGCUUCAGCAAGAGGAAUUGCUGGGGUUUGGAACAUGAGAAGCCGCUCGGAUGCAUAUGGCUUCCUAUCUCCCCAGCAAUUCUCAAGUGAUCUUAACCAGGCCGGUCAUCUUCUCCCUCUCUGCUUCCAUAAGUAAAGCUAGCAGUUGUAGUUUGAUUAGGAACAAAAAAAGAACUAGAAAAGCUUACAAUAUUGUACUGUACCGGUGUGAGACAUGGCAUCUGCAGCCACCAUGAUCAGACGAUCACUGUGAACCACUGAAUCAGAGUGUAUAUGUAUAUGUAUAUAUAUAGUUACCAAGUACUUUUCUGCU